ACCCUUCGGUUGUUAGACUGAUGCACUCGAGAAACCUCGAAUCGAGAUCGUUGAAGGCCCAUCUUGUCUUUCCUCUUUCUCAUCGUCCUCUUUUGUGUAUUUUGGCUGGGCCAUCCAUGGAUCCCUACAAGAAUCGCCCAUCGAGCAGCUUUAACUCAAACUUUUGGACUACCAACUCUGGUGCACCUGUCUGGAACAACAAUUCUUCCCUUACCGUUGGUUCUCGAGGACCUAUCCUCCUUGAGGAUUAUCAUCUUGUUGAGAAGCUUGCUCAGUUUGACAGGGAGCGUAUCCCAGAGCGUGUUGUUCAUGCCAGGGGAGCUAGUGCAAAGGGUUUCUUUGAGGUUAGCCAUGAUGUUUCUCACCUUACCUGUGCUGAUUUCCUUCGGGCACCAGGGGUCCAGACUCCUGUCAUUGUUCGGUUUUCAACUGUUAUUCAUGAGAGGGGGAGUCCUGAAACUUUAAGAGACCCAAGAGGUUUUGCUGUGAAGUUUUACACGAGAGAGGGUAACUUUGAUCUUGUUGGGAACAAUUUUCCUGUGUUCUUCAUUCGUGAUGGGAUGAAGUUCCCUGACAUGGUUCAUGCACUUAAGCCAAACCCAAAGUCCCACAUUCAGGAGAAUUGGAGGAUAGUCGACUUUUUCUCACACCACCCAGAGAGCUUGCACAUGUUCUCCUUCCUCUUUGAUGAUGUUGGUAUUCCAGCAGACUAUAGGCACAUGGAUGGAUCUGGUGUCAAUACCUAUACUCUCAUCAAUAAAGCAGGAAAAGCUCAUUAUGUCAAGUUUCACUGGAGGCCAACUUGUGGAGUGAAAAGCCUGUUGGAGGAUGAGGCUGUUAUAGUUGGAGGCAAUAACCAUAGCCAUGCUACCAAGGAUCUUUAUGAUUCUAUUGCUGCUGGGAACUAUCCAGAAUGGAAGCUUUACAUUCAAACUAUUGAUCCUGAUCAUGAGGAUAGAUUUGAUUUUGACCCACUUGAUGUCACCAAGACAUGGCCAGAGGAUAUCUUGCCCCUGCAACCGGUUGGUCGUAUGGUCCUGAACAAGAACAUUGAUAACUUCUUUACGGAGAAUGAGCAGCUUGCCUUCUGCCCAUCUAUAGUGGUACCUGGAGUCUAUUACUCAGAUGAUAAGCUGCUCCAGACUAGGAUCUUUUCCUACUCUGAUACUCAGAGGCACCGACUCGGACCAAACUACCUGAUGCUGCCGCCGAAUGCUCCCAAAUGUGCUUAUCACAACAAUCACCAUGACGGUUUUAUGAAUUUCAUGCACAGGGAUGAGGAGGUGAAUUACUUCCCUUCAAGGUAUGAUCCUGCAGGGCAUGCAGAGCGGUUCCCGAUUCCACCUCGUAUUCUUAAUGGAAAGCGUGAAAAGACUGUUAUUACCAAGGAGAACAAUUUCAAGCAGCCUGGUGAGCGAUACCGCUCCUGGGCUCCUGACAGGCAAGAACGUUUCAUACGCCGCUGGGUUGAGGCUUUGUCUGAUCCUAAAGUCACUCAUGAACUCCGCAGCAUCUGGGUCUCUUACUGGUUUCAGGCUGACAAAUCUUUGGGUCAGAAGCUGGGUACUCGUCUCAAUGUAAGACCAAGUAUGUGAAAAGAUGAUGGACAUCAGAAACAUUUGGUUUGAACAGAGUUUAUAAGUAAGUAUGUGGUCAUUGUCCAAAGAAGAAGGAACACAACUAAUGCCCAAAUUUAUGUAUUAAGUUACUUUGAGGGUCGAUAGUUCAUAUACCCAUACUUUGGGUGUGAUAAUAAUUUUAUAUAUGCGAGUAACAAUGACAUUUUGUUAAACUGCCUUCUAAGUAAAGUUGUUGUGACCUUUUUCUGUUUGUUGCUU